UAAAGUGUGGUAGUUAGGCUGUCUUACGUUUGCACUGAUUCAGUGGAGGAUCAGCUUCUGGCUUUUUUGACUGAAAAGCAGCAAAUAGGGAGCAAUUAAAGCAACAAGGAAGCAGGCAGUCAUGGAGGAUCAAAAGACAGGCUUAGGUGGAAAUGGACUAAAAAGACAAUCUGUUGAGAGCCAGUGCUGUCAGAAGAAGCCUUCACUCCACUUCUGGUUUAUUUUCCUGCUUCUGCUUUGUCUCCUGGUCUUCAUUUUGUGUUUUUACCUGUCCAACGGCUCUUUGUCGUGGUGGAGAUUUCCACUGCACAGACACUACCAAUGGUUUUUCAACAAGUCCAAUCAAAUUAAUGUGUCAGUUCAUCCAAAGUACGAAGUUAUCAUUCCUGAAAUCUACGAAACCACAGACCCUCCUACUCUGCGACCUAAAAGUAUCCAGUACCACCAAGCCUAUCCACGCAACUACCAUUUUAUAAUUGAUAACCCAGAGACUUGCCAAAAAGAAACCCCUUUCCUGGUCCUGAUGGUUCCAGUAGAACCAAGUAACGUUCAAGCUCGGUAUGCAAUCCGGCAGACAUGGGGAAAUGAAAGCCUGGUUCAGGAGAAGUUGGUGGCCACUUUGUUCAUGUUGGGUCGAUCUGGUGAAGAUGAUUCUGAGAAGCUGAAACAGGAGAAUUUACAGCAUCAUGACUUGAUCCAGAGUGACUUCAUGGACACGUAUGUUAAUCUGACCAUCAAAACCAUGGUGAUCAUGGACUGGUUGACCACACGCUGCCGUAAUGCAACCUACGCCAUGAAGAUUGACUCUGACAUGUUUCUGAACAUUGACAAUCUGGUGAUCAUGCUACAGAAAGCAGAAAUCCCCACGAAGGAAUACCUGACAGGGAUGCUUAUGUGGAACAGGCCAGUAGUCCGUUCAAAGGAUUCAAAGUGGUAUGUUCCAGAGGAGAUGUUCCUUGAUUCUGAAUACCCAACAUACACUCUGGGAAUGGGAUAUAUCUUUUCCAAUGAUCUUCCAGAGAAAUUUGUAAAUGUCUCAAAAGAUAUAAAACCUUUUAACGUAGAGGAUGCUUAUAUUGGAGUGUGCAUGAAAAAGCUAGGACUUUCACCCACAUCUCCACCCAAUCCGUCCCAGUUCAAGACUUAUAACACAAAGUACAACCGCUGUGAGUACUCGCAGAUAAUCACCUACAUUCUUGGAUCUCCACAAGAGUUGGUGAACUAUUGGACAGAUUUAAAGAAGCCUGGACCACACUGUUAGGAUGAUAUAUUAUAUAGAAGCACUGAGAAAUUGAUUGAAAGAGUUGGUUUAUUUAUAGUAAAAGAGACACUUUAUGGCGAGCAAAAUGCACUGUAGUACAAAAAGAAAACUUUAAAAAGAUAAAGUUUUCUCCAGAAGUCAGGAAAGUGGGAAUAGUUUUCAUGGUUAUAUCCCUUUUUGUGUUCUAAUGAUUUUAAACAUUAUGUACAAAAGCAGCUUCCAUUAUUGAAACAAUGACAAGUAAAUAAUAUAAGGUCUAAUAAAAUAAUUUCCAGGAAUCAUGUGCUAGAAUAAAAGUUGUAUCAUGUUGGCUGUCUUCAGAGCACACAGGAUGUUUUGAUGAGUGAAAUCUAAUUGUCUUUCAUGUUACACAACAGGUAUGUAAUGUCUGGGACUUUUUCUGUUGUUUUAAACUUCCUUGCCAGGGAACAAUUGCAUUAUAUAUAAAGAACAUCAUGUCCUGGGACAAGAUGUUCACAGACUACUGGCCUGUGUCCUGGUACACCCUUGGACAGUAAACUGCAAAAUGCAGAAAGAAAGAAAAAGAAAUAAUUAAAAUAAACCACUGAAAGAACUGUGUAAUUUGAGUUAAAUGUACUGUAUGUAGCUCAUUAUGAGAACUGGACAUGCUAUGCUGUUGACACUGAGAACAAGGUGACCUCUAGUGGUGGAGAAAGCUUAUUACAGUAGAGAUAUGUGGCUGAUACCUUUAAUAAGGAAAUAUAUUCUAGUAAAACUAACCGUAGGCAUCUUUUAAGAAACUGAGAUCAACUAAAACUGUACUCUCAAAUUUAAUGAACCCUUAUUAACCAUUUUAGUUAUGUUUGCAAAAGAAAUAAUUAUACGACCAACAGGUAGCCUCCUGUCUCUUUUACAUUAUUAUGAUAAUGAUAUUUUAUUUUAUGUAUAUGAAAAAAAUUUAUUUAUUUAUUUUUAUUUACAGUAGUUAUUGAACACACAAGUUCAAUAGUAAUACCAACACUACAUAUC